AAGCAUAUCAACCCUAAAAUAAUAUUUUCAAUGAAAGAUUCUCUCUCUAUCUUGUUUCCUUUCUCCCUUACUCUACGAGGGUUUCGCUAUCUCUCUGUACCCUAGAUCAUAUUAAACCCUCUUAAUUCCAUUUCGUUCACAGAUCCAUAAUCCAAACCCUCGUUUUUCCCUUUUGUUUGUUGCUUUGUUUUUAAGGAUUGCAGCAGUGAAUUCAGAGAACUAAGUCGCAGUAGUGAAUUUAGAGAACUAAGUCGAAGAACGACAAUCAGUGAUGAAGCCCGAAAUGGGUUCUGAAGUAGAAUUCUCGGCUCAAAUUGAUGGAUCUGUACCUGAAUCCGGAUUCAAGGAUGUUAGUGUUCAGUCGGACGAGGCCCGGCCCGAUUCGAACGGGUCGGAUCAGUACUAUGUGCGUAGAUUUCGGCCGAGCGAAGCGAAUGGAUAUGCUGUUUAUGCAAGGAAUAAGAGGUUGAAGAGCAGUGGAAGCAAAAGCGAGGGGAGGAUUGGGUAUUUCGAUAAAAUCCAGGGACGUUUUGGAAAUUCGUGUAGAGAUGUAGAAGAUGCGAGUUCAAAUGUUGGAGCUGUAGGUCUUGGAGGUGAUUUAGUGAAUGCCGACGGAGUUGACGGUUUUUUGGAGGCUUCGGGAUUUAAAGGAAGUGAUGAUGAGAAUGAUAUGUUGGAGAUUGAAGUGAAAGAGGAACCUAUGGCAGAAGUAGCCAGGAGUGACUUGCCUAGAAGAUUUACUCGGUCGGCCUUGAAAUUGAAUGCUGAUAGUUCGGAAACGGAGAGUGAAAAUUUGGGAGAGUUACAGGAUGCAGUGGUUUUGGACUCUGAGAGAUUAGAGAAUGGGGAUUUGAGUGGGCUGGGCACUUCGGCUAGGAAGAUGGAAAUGAAGAUGUCUAAGAAAAUUGCUGUGAAAGGGAGGCCGACAACCGUCAGAGAGCUUUUUGAGACUGGGUUGCUGGAAGGGUAUCCAGUUUUCUACAAUGGUGGCAAGAGGGGAUUCCCACUACGGGGAACUAUAAAAGACGCCGGAAUUCUAUGUUCUUGCAGUUUGUGCAUGGGAGCUAAGGUAGUCCCGCCUUGUCAAUUUGAGAUCCAUGCUUGUAAAUCAUAUAGGCGAGCAUCACAGUAUAUUUGCUUAGAGAAUGGUAAAAGUCUCCUUGAUGUGGUGAAAGAAUGUCGAAAAUCUUCUUUAAAGACACUAGAAGAAACAAUUCAGAACUUUAUAGGACCGUUGCCUGAGAAGGAAUCUGUUACUUGUCGGAAUUGUUCUGGGUUAUUUCUUGCGACAUCAGCUGGAAAGAUGGAGCAACUCUGUGAUUCGUGUAUGAUUAUCCUGAACUCAGAAGCUGAUACAGAGUGUGUGAAAUCUAGGCCUUUGGAGCCACUUCUGGGUUUAAUAUCACCGGAAAGUAGCGAAGUGCGUAUGGCUCCCAGGAAAAGAGGUCGUCGAGGAAGGAAAAAGAGAAAGCAUUCAGAAUUGACCUCUAAUGUAAAGUCUUCAGGAAGAUCUUCAGUGCGUCUUUCAUCAAGAAAUGCAAACCAUUGGAAGUUAAAAAAGAAGUUGUCACAAACAGCUUCUGCCCUAAAUUCUCCUGGAAGUGCUUCAUUGAGGAAUUUGGAACCAACCGCUAAUCUAAAUUCAAAUAGUAGUACUUCCUUGCACAGCUCACUAAAAAAUAAGAUUACAAGGAAGAUGUCGACUUUGGUGUCGUCAGAUUCUGUCUCGCACUCCACCUCUCUGAAAAGUACAUCCACAUCUGUCUCUGCACAAUCUAAGGCUUCAUGGAAGAUAACAAAAAAAGACCAGAGGAUGCACAAGCUGGUUUUUGAAGAUGGUGGAUUGCCUGAUGGUACUGAAGUAGCUUACUACUCUCACGGAAAGAAAUUGCGUGAUGGUUAUAAGAUGGGUUCGGGGAUAGUUUGUCAUUGCUGCAACAUCCUGGUCAGUCCAUCUCAGUUUGAAGCUCAUGCUGGUUGGGCGUCUCGUAGGAAGCCUUAUAUGUACAUCUAUACAUCGAACGGGGUGUCUCUACAUGAAUUUGCCAUUUCUCUAUCAAAAGGUCGGAAAUAUUCAGCAAAGGAUAAUGAUGACUUGUGCAUCAUAUGCGCAGAUGGUGGGAAACUUGUUCUUUGUGAUGGAUGUCCAAGAGCCUUUCACAAAGAAUGUGCAUCUCUCCCAAGUAUCCCUCGUGGCAGAUGGUACUGUACAUACUGCCAAAAUAUGUUCCUGAGGGAGAAAUUUGUUGAGCACAAUGCCAAUGCUGUUGCAGCUGGAAGAGUAUCAGGUAUCAAUCCAAUAGAGCAGAUAACGAACCGUUGCAUCCGUAUUGUUAAGAACCCAGAAGAAGCUGAGGUGAUAGCAUGUGUAAUUUGCAGAGGCUACGACUUCAGUAAAUCUGGUUUUGGUCCACGCACUGUUAUACUAUGUGAUCAGUGUGAAAAGGAAUAUCAUGUGGGCUGUCUGAAAAAAUGCAAGAUGGCUGAUCUAAAGGAACUUCCGAAAGGAAAAUGGUUCUGUUCUGUGGAUUGCAAGAGGAUUUAUUCUGCAUUGCAGGAUUUGCUGAAUGCUGGGGAAGAGAAACUCCCCGACCCUUCCUUGGAUGUUAUAAAGAAGAAGCAUGAGGGAAAAUGUUCUGAUGCUGGUGAUGACUUUGAUGUGAGAUGGAGGCUUUUGAAUGGGAAAAUUGCUUCUCGUGAAACCAGAGUGCUGCUGUCACAGGCUGUAGCUAUAUUUCAUGAUUGUUUUGACCCAAUUGUUGACGCAGAAACUGGACGUGACUUCAUCCCAUCUAUGGUUUAUGGAAGGAAUAUAAGGGGACAAGACUUUGGUGGAAUGUAUUGUGCAAUUUUGACUGUGAACUCAACAGUUGUAUCAGCAGGAAUCCUUCGAAUUUUCGGUCAAGAAAUUGCUGAACUCCCUUUAGUUGCAACUCGCCUUGGUAAUCAAGGGAAGGGAUACUUCCAAACCUUGUUCUCCUGCAUCCAGAAUUUACUCUCGUUUUUGAACGUGAGAAGCUUUGUUCUCCCGGCUGCAGAUGAGGCAAAGUCAAUAUGGACAGAGAAGUUCGGAUUCAAAAAUAUACCACCAGAACAGCUUUUCAGUUAUAAAAGGAUCUGUUGGCAAAUGAUAAGCUUCAAGGGAACGUCUAUGUUAGAAAAAUCAGUUCCAAAAUGUCUUAGUAUUAAUCAAGAUGAAGCAGAUUCUGAAAUGUCCCUGCAGUGAUUAGCCAAAUAAAGCCAUUUUCUUUGCGGCUUUGUAGGCUGAUGUAAAUGGGUUUUUUAUUUAUUUACAUCUGUACAAGCUUUUAGGGCUGUAUCGGAAGUUGGGGAUUAGCGAUAGAUGGUAGCAGAAAAGGAAUAGGGAACUCGAUGAGGUUUUUCAUAUUUCUGGAGAAUGGUUGUGAAGUGUAAAAAGUUCGGUAGCUCAUUAUUGGCAUAAUUUAGGGCAGGGGUUUCAAUCUAUUAUUUUCCAUUUUCGGUAUUUAUUUUUCUUGUAAAUAAAUAUUUUGAAGAAACACACUUCUGUUUCUGAGGUACUUGUGCACUCUUGUAUUUUCUUUUGAACGUGAAUGUGUAUAUGCUAUAUAAGAUCGUUAUCGACUCAUGAUCGCGUGACAA